UUUUUCAAAAAUAUCUUAAGGUUGUAAGCCAACAGAAACUCAGGAAAUUAUCAACAUAUGUUUUAGAUAAUUUAAUACCUAAAAAUGAGCCUAUUCUUAAUUAUGAACAUGGUUCUUGGGAAAGUGAAAAAUUAUUAAAGGCAUUAUCUGUUUAUAAAGAUCAGGUAUUUGACAUCCCUAUUAUCAUUGGAGAUCAGGAAUAUAGAACAGACGAUAUAAAAUAUCAAUUGAUUCCAUACAACCACAAACAUAAAUUAGCAAAAUUUUACUAUGCAUCCCCAGAACUAAUUAAAAAAGCAAUAAAUGUUAGCUUAAAUGCUCAAGAAGAAUGGGAUAACCAACCUUAUGAAAAGAGAGCACAGAUUUUUCUAAAAGCUGCUGAUUUAGUAAGCAAUCGUGAACGUAUGAAUUUAAUGGCUGCUACUAUGAUUGGACAAGCUAAAACUGUAGUACAAGCUGAAAUAGAUACUGCCUGCGAAUUAGCCGACUUUUUACGCUUUAAUGCUUAUUUUGGAAAAAAACUACAAGAAUACACACCUUAUAGUCCUCCUGAAACCCGCAAUAGCUAUAGAUUCAGAGCUUUAGAAGGUUUUAUAGCCGCAAUAUCACCUUUUAAUUUUACGGCCAUAGGUGGUAAUUUAGCAAGUUCCACCGCCCUCAUGGGUAACGUGGUUUUGUGGAAACCUUCUGACACUGCCAUUUUAUCCAAUUAUUUGACGUACAAGAUAUUUAGAGAAUGCGGGUUACCCAGUGGUGUAAUUAAUUUUUUGCCUUGUGACGGUCCAGUCUUUAGUAGUGUUAUCACUAAAUCACCCUCCCUCGCUGGAAUCAAUUUCACGGGAAGUGUUGCCACGUUUCGCUCUAUUUGGUUAUCGAUAUCUCAAAAUUUGAUUUCAAUCGGUAAUUGGCCUAGGUUAGUUGGAGAGUGCGGCGGCAAGAAUUACCAUUUAGUUCAUGCUUCAGCGAAUAUGGAUCAUGUAAUAAAUAGUACCGUUAGAGCUGCGUUUGAAUAUGGAGGUCAAAAAUGUUCGGCUUGUUCUAUCUUAUACAUUCCUAAAUCUAAAUGGAAUUCUUACGUUAAACCAAAGCUCAUGGCAGCAAUUCAAGACAUCAAAAUCGGAGAUGCCACCGAUAAAAACAUGUUUUAUUCUGCCGUCAUUGAUAAAAAGGCGUUCGAUAAAAUAUCUGGUUACAUAGAUUUUGCAAGAAAUUCAUCAGAAUACACUAUAGUAUCCGGAGGAAAAUGCGAUGAUAGUAAAGGGUAUUUUAUCGAACCUACUAUGAUUGAAACAAAAAAUCCCAAAGGAAAACUUAUGGUGGAGGAGAUAUUUGGGCCGAUUUUAACUGUAUAUCCAUAUAAUGAUGAUGAAUUUGCUUCUAUAUUUCAACUUAUUAAAGAAUCAAUAUACGGAUUGACAGGAUCAAUAUUCGCCAAUGAUAAGAAAAUAAUAGAGUCGGCUUUAAGACUGUUAAGACAAGUAAACGGCAAUUUUUAUGUUAAUGAUAAAUGCACUGGAUCUAUAGUUAAUCAGCAGCCUUUUGGAGGAGCUAGAGCUUCCGGUACGAAUGACAAAGCAGGUGGUCCUCAUUAUUUAUUAAAAUGGUCGUCUCCUCAAUCCAUUAAAGAAAAUUUCGCUCAAUUAAAAAAUUGGAAAUAUUCAUAUAUGUGUGAAUAGACAUUAGAUUAUAUAUUUCUAGUCACAAUAAAUACCUAAGUCAAUUAUAAUUUCUGGGAACUAUAUUUAUAAUACUCAUAAUUUAAUGCUACCUUGAUGAUC